AUGGUGUUUGGACGAAAGGUUUGGCAUCCCAAUGAAGUUAUUGCUGAUGCAGAGAAGGAGUUCCAGGAGUACAUGUCUGUUCAAACUGCUACUGGUUCAUCUAAUACUAUAUCGACACAUCUAGUGUCACACCAAUGGAUAGCACCCCAUGUUGAUUACGUUAAAUGUAACAGUGAUGCUAGUUUAUCCUCAGUUACAAACAAAUCUGGAGUUGGAUAUAUUUGCAGAGAUCACUGUGGUACGCCUUUAUUUGCCUUCUCAAGUCCAAUAUUCUUUUCAGAUUUAUUGGUUGGUGAGACUAUUGCAGUUCGGAUGGCGAUGUUGGAGUUGAUCUCAAAUGAUUAUACUCAUGUCAUGAUUGAGACAGAUAAUCUGAAUCUGGUUACGUAUGUUACAAGUGGCGGUGGAACUUCUCCCUUGCACAUUCGGGCGAUUGUUGAAGAUAUCAUACAUUUAUCUUCUUUCUUUGUAUCUUGUAGUUUUACUUGUAUUCAAUGGGAGAUUAACAGCGUGGCUGACUCCUUGGCUAGGAGGGCACUGUCGUUAACAUGCACGACUGAUUGA